UUUUGUCUCUAACCCUAAUCUAAAGACGCGAAGCCAUGGAGUUAUGAUCUCCUCUUCGUUCGACGGUAGCGCAGUGACGUCUGAGCUUCAUCUCAGUCUCUGAAACAGAUCGAUUUAUGGCUUUUUCGUGUUUAAUUCCAUUAAUCCAUUCACCCACGAUGAGGUCUGAUCAAUGUGUUGUUUGCAUGGGCGAGGCAGUGUGUUUACGGUAUAAAUAGAAGAUGAUGUGCAGUAUAAGCCGCUCUUUUGGAUCUUACGGGUUAAAGUCAUAUACUGAGACAUCAAGGCCUCGAACAUCUCGACCAAAAUGGAAGCUUUCAGACUUUGUGUUAGCGAAAUACAGUCCAAUGAGAGAAACAAGCUAUUUUAGUACAGAAAUCAUGGGUACAUUCGGCUAUGCAGCUCCUGAGUAUGAGUCAACAGCUGCUGCUGUGUACAAGGUUUAUUCAAUCGCUGCUCGGAUGCUUGCAGAUUUUCAAGAAAGCGUUGGAUUGACAAAUAAUAUUUGGGAAAAAGAGACAGCUAAGACACCUAAGAUGCAAAUAUAUGGACGAAAGAGUGUAGAGGAGGAGAUUGUAAAUUUGCAGGUGGGAUCACAAGAAGUCGAUACAGAGCAAUGGAGAGGCCCCCAGAGGGAUGGGUUAUGUGUAAUGUGGCCUAUGAGUAGUCAAAAGAGAGAUGUCCAUGGUGGGUGCGGCAUGGGUUCUUAGAGAUGUGAAUGGACUGGUGCUUUGUCAUAGUAGGACGACGUUCGUUGGUUGUCAUUUGAAGGAUGAAGCCAAGCUGAUAACUAUUUUGUGGGCAGUAGAAAGCAUGACCAGCCAAAGAGUAAAGAAUGUCAUAUUUAAAGGUGAAUUCAAGGAAUUUUUUGAAGCUAUUAAUAAACCUGGUGCUUGGCCUGCAUUUAGCUUUCAAGGUAUGGAGGUGAUGACUGCUCUCUCUGGAUGUCAAGGUUGGUUAGUGAAUACGGUGCACAAAGAUGCCAAUAGAUAGAGGAGCUUCUUCCAUAGCUCAAAGCCUAAUCAAUAUGGGCUUUUUCAGUCGUAUGUAGCAAAAGGCCGCCCUCAAUGGUUACGCUCUCUUUCUUUGACAAUGAAUGAGCUUUCUCUGAUGGUAAUUGGCUCAGGAAUUAAUGUACUGGAAGGUGCACUGAUGGAUGUUGCAGGUGUGGAGUUAUGAAUUGGGUUUGUUGUUCCUAACCUGUUGAUGUCCCUAACUUUUGUUGUCUGUAUGAUGUACCGGAUAUCUGUAAUACAUUCUCAUGUUAUAUAAAUCAAUCUGUGUAAAACAAAGAUGAACUUUUUCAAUAAAAAUAAUACUCAAAAUUAUAUGUA